AUGUGUCACGAGCCGUGUCAAACUUGCAUUACGCACGUUUCCAAUGGCUUUCUCGACUCCGAUCCCGAGAACCCGUAUGAUGGCCAAACCUACCCUAUCCUACGGUCAAAAUCAACUCACCGCUUUAAAUUGUGGUUGAAGAGUGCUGGUAUCACUUAUCUUCUCGCUGUGGGAACUCGCUGUAGUUGUCGAAAUAGUGCAGGAGCGAACUGGCGUCGUAGCGGGGCAAACGCAAAAGGAAGAAGUCACAUGCAACCUCUUACGUGCUACUAUAUAUUGAAGCAGAGUCUAUCCCUUGGAACAGAAAGAAGUCUUAUCUUGAAUGGGUACCGUCUGAAAUUGAGUUUCGCCUGGAAUUUCCGUUUUGCCACGUGGCUGCAGCAAAUUUACAAAGAAAUCCGUUGA